UUCUCGUUUAUUCGUUUCUAUAUCUUGAAAGCAUCAAAAAUAAAAACCUUUUCCUCAUUGCCCUGCCCUUAAACCUUGAGAAACAGGAGGAAGGCAGUACCCUAAAAAAUGAAUCACCUUCAAAACACAAUCAAAUCAUCCAUCCGUUCGAUUCGAACCGUUAAUCAAAACCUAGGGCCCAGAUCACUCCGUCCACUUUCAACACAAGCUUCACCUGCUUCCACAGCAGAUGUGGUGUACGGGAAGUUAUUUGGCAUAACAACCAACACAUUGAAAACUGAUGUUCUGAGUUUGUUAGAAGAAUCCGAUUUAACUGCCGAUGAUCUUAAAGUUGAUUACAAUCAGCUCUUCGUACCAACUGGAAUGUUGGUGCAGUUCCCUUCGCGGAGUGCUUAUGAUGCUGCUAUAAGGGCGGUUGCUAGGAAAGGGCGCUUGUAUAAAUUGGAAAUGGCUGACCGUUCAAAAUGGAACUAUGUCCAGCCGUAUGGUGGGAAAUUUGUGUUAUUGCAAGGAGUUCCCACAAACGCAUAUAUAGAAGAUAUCGAGCGUUUCCUUUCUGGUUGUGAGUAUGAUCCAGCUAGCAUCCGCGUGUUAUCCAGGCUAGGAACCAAGAUGGCGGUUGUAAGUUUUCAAUCUCCAACUGCUGCCAUGACUGCUAUGAUAACUAAAAACAGAGGCUUUUGUGUCAGUAAUCAGAUCUCAAUGCAUGUUCUUCAGUAACUCAUUGGCUCAUCAAAUUUUGGUUGUGUGACACCAAAUACAUAAAUGCAUGAUGUUAUAUUCAUGUUAAGUGUAAGAUUGUUACGUGUUGACACUUGACAGUGGUACUCAUCAUUUGAAUACUUUUUCUUUUUUUAUGAAAUUCUUUUGACUCAAA